CCUACUUGGCUAAACCAAACACCAGAAAAAACCUCAGCACUGCCGGAUAUUUUUGUUCAGAUCGACAGACUAUUAACGUGAGAUCUCAGGGGAUAACGUUUCAUAAAAACCCUUAAAGACUGCGGAGAACACUCUCUGGCAUUGAACACACCUGAUUGAGAUUGAUAAUCAGAGGAACUGAUGUUGGCACAUAUUUAAAUUGAUUGGGGGGUGGCUUACACUUACAGGAAGAUGGGGUAUCAAAGAAAAAGCAGAGUGGAUGUCCAUCUUUCCACCUGGCACCUGACCUCUACCCUCCUCCUGUUUGCUCUGAUCUUCCCUGCUUCCACUGUGGGGACCCUUCUUUGUAAUUUCUGCCCCCUGAUGCCCAAAAACGUACCCUGCUCAACCCUCAACACGGAGUGUCCGCCCAACCAUCGCUGCGCCAGUUCCUGGGGAUGGCAAGGCUUCCGCCAUGUUCUGUCCUCUCAAGGCUGCUUGGAUAUCAAACUCUGCAACUCCCAGGAAAUGGUCAGAUAUCGGGGGCAACAUUACGACCUCACUCACAGCUGCUGCUGUGGAAACAAAUGCAACCUUACACCAAGGGUCAACACCAGCCUGAUUGUAUCACUUUGGUUCAAGACCAGUCCAGAUAAUCUCCUCUCCACUCUAAUGAAGACGCUCCAGAGUCCCUGUUCAAACCAAACCACAUCAUCUUCUGAUACAAAAUUAUAGCUGCGUGUGGAGGCCUGUUGGACCUAACCUUAGAUCCCAACAGUAGACUCGCAUUUAGUCAGAUGUUUGCAUGCUGUAACUUUUUCAAUUGAAAGGGGGAAAAUGUAUUAUUGCAGUUAUUGGUGGUUUUUGCAUGUUUAAACCAGAGAGAAAAGGUUGGCUUGUUCAUCCAUCCUCCUGAUUAGCCUGUGGCCACUGGUCAAUAAAGCACCAUGAUUAAGAAAC